UUUUUUUUUUUUUUUGUAUUUUAUUCUUAUUAUAUUUGGAAAAAAAAAACACUUUAUAUAUAUUUAUAUACAUACAACCAUAUUUUUUUUUAUCUACAAAUAUAUAUAUAUAAAUAUAAAUAUAUAUUUUUCACCCCCUUCAUCUUUUGUAUUAUUAUUUACACAUUUUGAUGCAUGAACGAAAAACAUCCAACGUCAGCACAAAUCGAUCAACUACAAGACCACCUAUACCAACAUCAUCAGCUGCAACAACAACGUCAAGGCGCGCAACGCAACAACGCACGGGCCGUGCUUCAUUUACAACAAAACAACAACAACAACUCAGUGAUGAGCAAAAGGAAACACAACGACGAAUUGCUGCGCGAGCGGCUGCUUCUAUGGCUCAAGUAAGACGAAGACAACCUAGGUCAUUUAUGCUUUGGGGUGACAAUCGAAAGGCUGUCAUCAAGCGUUAUCCUGAUGGAAGUCAAGAAAUUCUGGUGCCACAGACUUUAACUUCUGAACAGGAACAGUACGAAUUCCCACCAAGGUCUCGGUUAUUGAAAAAGUUGGCCAAUUCUACCGCUGAACGUCAUCGUUUAUCUAGUCUUCAACAUACUAUUACUGCUCCCAAUGUAUCACCUAUCUCACAGCCACUAUUAUUAUCAUCAUCAACCAACAAGUCCAUCAUUAUCUCUCGUCCCGCAACCGCCAUUGAACCCGAUCAAAAUGCUUUAGCUGAAUGGUUCUCUGAUCGACGUCAUCAACACAGCAAAAAGGAACAAGCUGUUAUGGAAUGGAUGACUGAUGUUGAAAGAUCUACUUCUUUAUUGUCCAACAAGAAGAAAAAGAACAAAUCAAUUCCACGAACUAUCAAGAACAAUAGUAACAACAAUCUUAUUACUUCUUCUACUACUCAUUCUUCUAUUCAAGAUAUCAAUAUCAAAUUCAAAAGUGAAGCUGGGAAACUUUGGACUGCAGGCAAACCAUAUCCUCUGCCAUCAUCGAAUCAUUUAUUACCACCAAAUGAAAAUACAAAGAAACAUUAUGUAUUACGAAGACGACUCAUCAAACAUGGCAACAAACCGAAUAUCGAAACAACAAGUACUCCAUUUUAUUACAACGAAAUGUCAUCAUCAGUGGCACCACUUGGAGGUUCAUUUACUACGGCAAUACAAACUCAUGGUUAUCAUUUAUCCAAAGUACCCAGGUCAUCGGUAUCAGCAUCUCCCACAUCAAAGUCUGGUAUGGUACAACUCGUACAAAUGUUCCACAAGACCUUACAGGAACAACAGGCGCGUGCUCAUGAACGAAUGAAGCAAUUGGAAACAUUAUUAGAAGAAGAACGAAGUAAACGACAAGACAUUCAACUUACCCAAGAAAGAACUAUGACUCGAUUGGAUUCAUUUAUGAAAAGAUAUCAAGAACAUCAACGUCGUACACCUCCUUCUCCAACAAUGUCAGCAUCUCCUCCUUUCGUUUCCAAAAAAACAUCACAACAACAACAACAACAACAACAAAAUCAACCUAUAUUAGCCAAAUGGGAUGAAUGGAUGGAUCGGAUUAAUCGUUUGGAAGCUCGUAUGGAAAAAGAAGCUAAAUCAAGACAAAGUUUACAACAAUCUGUAACCGAUACGGUGGAACGGAUGGACGCGCUAAAAAAAUCAGUUGCUAGACAAGCCCGUGAACAUACAGCAUCUCGAAGACAAUUGGAAAAUCAAAUGAAUCAAGCCAUGAAGAAUCUUUCAACAUUGACUCAACAACGAAAACCUUGAUUCCUUUUAGUUUAUUAAGUGUGAUAUUUUAUUUUAUUCAUUAUAUUUACAUUGUGUAUAUGAUACCCCUUCUUCUUUUUUUUUUCAUUCAAUCUUAUCUCCUUUUUUCAUUACCUUUUUUAUUUUUUAUACAUACUUAUC